GCUCGGUCUCUACAUCAUGUCCUUAGCCUCCAUACUUGUUUGUCCUAUUUCUUGUCCUGUGUUAGUACUCCAGAACCUGAAACACAUCAUUUUCACAUUCGUGGGUUUUUUCCAAGGGUGGGUUUUCAGAGGACUGGAUCAUUAGAGUUUAAUCUCCACCUCUUACCCCGCCACCCCCCCCCCCGGGAAACUUGCAUUCAUUUUGAAGAUGUUUGCUUUUUGUUGUUUUUUGUUAAUAAGAUAAAUGUGAAGAAAGAGCGCUUAGGAUUGUUUUAUUAAAAGGAAUACCAAUUUUGAAGCAGGUUUUAAGGCUCUAGUCUCUGAACACAUUUUCAAUGCUUAGGAUGUUUUUUUUUUUCUAAACUGAUGCUGCUUUUCAUUAUUUUUGUUGUCAGUGUGCCCCAUUCCACUCUCUUGGCCAAGAUGCCAAGAAAAGAGUAUUUGCUGGAAUUCCCACCCUAAACGCCAAAGUCGUACUUCUGGCAACCUUCCCCCUCAGACAAACCACAAUAGCCUUAAAGUAGUUCAGCUGCUCUAGUGAUGACAGGGUGACAUCACCCAGAGCCCCUGGAGUAGCCAACGGAGUGAGGCCAUGGCACUGCCCAGCACACAUUACACACGGAAAAAGUCAGAGCACCGAGAGGAAGCUCUGCAGAGGGAAGACAGGCCUUGGUCAAUCAGCCAUGGCCGCAGCAGAAAUCCCUAGUUAUGUUGUUUCUCCUCAGACUGAGAAACACAGGAGGGCCAGAAACUGGACGGAUGCAGAGAUGAGAGGCUUAAUGCUGGUCUGGGAAGAAUUUUUUGAUGAAUUGAAACAAACUAAGCGGAAUGCCAAAGUUUAUGAGAAAAUGGCUAAUAAACUCUUUGAAAUGACUGGGGAGCAUCGCCACGGAGAGGAGAUUAAAAUCAAAAUCACCAACAUGACAUUCCAGUACAGGAAAUUAAAAUGCAUGACUGAUAGCGAGUCUGUUCCACCCGACUGGCCUUAUUAUAUAACCAUUGAUAGAAUACUGUCCAAAGUCACUGAAUACAAUGACGUGAAACUGCAGGAGAGCCAGCAGCCCGGGCCUUCCACGUCCCAGACCGAGGCGUCCCUGUCACCGUCCGCUAAGUCUACCCCUCUGUACUUACCGUAUAACCAGUAUUCCUAUGAAGGAAGGGAAGAGUGCUACGAGGAUGACCAUUCAGAGAGCUCUUCCAGCUUACUCUCUUUUAAGUUAAGAUCAGAAGAAAGACCAGUCAAAAAAAGGAAAGUACAGAGCUGCCAUUUCCAAAAGAAAAAGCUCAAACUGAUGGAAUCAAUGUUGGAGGAGCAAAAGAAACUGAGUCGGGCAAUGGAAGAAACGUGCCGGGAGGUACGACGGAUUCUUGACCAACAGAACAUCAUCCAGGUGCAGAGCCUGCAGCUUCAGGAGCGCAUGAUGAACCUGCUGGAGAAGAUCAUCUCCAAGUCCAACGUCUAGUUGGCAGUCUCACCAAAUUCCACUGCCAGGCCAGUCCUAUCACGCAAAGGCCCUCUGUCCACACCCACAUUGCAUUGCCUCUUUAUAGGAUUCGAUAGAACAUCUCAGAAAGAAGGGAAAAGAAAAAGCCAAACCAGCGCAAGAAAUACAACUGUGGUUGAAAAGGAGAACGUCAUCAUUCACCGCAGCCUGCGCCGGCCCCACACUCUAAAAGAGGUUGUAUAGCUCUGUCUCAUCACCAGGUUCACCAUGGAUGAUGAAUUUUCAGCUAUAGCUGCUCUUGAAGACUAUCUACUUAAUUAAACUGUGGAGGAGACUCAUACCACCGAACUCAUAGACGAUUGAAGUACUGAAGCAUAACAUUCCACCUAAGGUUAAUUGUCUUAAUUAUUUUUGUAUUUUCAAAGGCCAAGGGACAUCUAGCUUGUAGGAACUGAAUUUUUACUGUGCUAUUUCUGGGUCAUUCAGAGACUGGAAGCUUGGGCAAAUUUGUCAUGGAUCAGACUAUUCUUUCAUGGGACCUGACGUGAGAGGUCACCUUUGGGAAUGGGGCAUAAAGUUUCUUACUGUUUCUGACUUUGUCCCAAGGAAUGCCCUAUCCUCAACCCCCACAUUAGGACAUCCCACUGUAGGUCAAACAAUACACUUGAUUUGAAACUCACUGUCUGAUGGGCCUUAAUAUUGACUAUGAAAAUACAUGUUCAUGCCGAAACGAAUUAGCAUUAAAAAGUAUCAAACUCACAUAUAUGUAUGUGCACAUAUAUACAUAUAUAGUAAUUGUUCAAAAUACUUGAAGUUUCUUUUGAUAAUAAAUGUAUAAUUUUUUCAUUAUUAAAUGGAAUAAUGGUUCACUUUGAAAAAUAAGCAAUGAAUUGGGCUGUCCUGAAACUUCUUUUUAAAGAUGUAUAUAAGUCAAAGGGCAAAAAAAUCCAAUGUCAUCUUCUAAAGGAGAAACAGCAGGCAUCUCCCCAAUUAUU